AAGUGCAAUGCUUAAUGAGCCAAUGAUAGUGGGAUGGUAACACACUGCUACAUGCUACCAGGCCUUAGCGGACAGGGGUAUACAUGGGAGAAACAUGGCCGCCUUGUACCCGUCUCACUUUCCCACGGAGCAAGAUUCUAUCAAUGACGAGAAUACGGGAUCUGGGGGAAUCGUCGGUAUAUGUCAAUCGGAAUGUAAUCCAACGCAGACGGAUACAACGACAAGUGGAAAUAUCUCGGAUUGCUUUAGCGGCCAACAGGAUGCCCAGGCUAGCAGUGACAGUGCUAACAACGUGAGCCUUGCAGAGUCUGAUGGUAAACCACAAGCUGGGACUCGUGAAGAUCCGCUGGAUAAUCUUGCAUCAGAAAAAAUGGCUAGUGUCGACAGUCCAAGCCACAUGAAGCCUCGUCUUCCCGUAUCUGGAACUGAAGGCAGAGACUACGACGUGAAGGACGACGAGUGUGACCGAAAGGAUAACUUUACGAAACAUAUGGUGCAGCCUCGUAAACUUGCUAACGAUACAUCUGAUGCAGAUGGAGAGAAGAUCGACCCAAACAACUAUAUUGAUGACAAGAGCCAUGAGAAUGAUGCAUUGAAUGGGCUAGAGGUGGACAUUAAUAGAAGAGAAGGGAUUGGGAAUUCUGUGGACAGCAUACCUGGCUAUAAAAUAGGUCCAAAAGGGAAACGUAUCAGGUCGAGUCUGCAGUGCAAGGAUUGUGGGAAAAGGUUUAAUCGAAGAGAGACAUUGAAUCUUCACCGUCACUUCCAUUCACACAAUGACCCCGCACCCCUUACCUGCAAAGAAUGCGGUUUGACCUUUCAGGACCGUAGCAGUUUCAUCAAGCACAGAAAGGAACACAAAGAGAAGGAGCAACCACUUAUAAGUUCGAAUAAGGAUUCAGCCUCAAGCGAGGGGAGACGGUUUACAUGUGCAAACUGUAAGACAUUGUUUUCAACAGUAGAAGAGCUUAGGGGCCACAAUUGCAGCAAAUAUUCAGAUAAACCUUACCGCUGUCCCCUGUGUGGUCGAGAGUUUCAGUUUAAGGUGGCUAUCCCGAGGCACAUGCAGAUACAUUCGCUUGAGAAUAUUUUCCAAUGCCAAGAGUGCAACAAACAUUUCUCUGAUGGCGCCGCUUUCCGUGCGCAUCAGAGAUGUCAUGCUGCCCUGAAGCCAUACGAAUGUCUUGAGUGCGGUAUGGUGUUCAAACAUUAUUCAGUAAUGGAAGACCACCGUCGUAAGCACACAGAAAACAUGCCUUCCCAUCAAUGUUCUGUUUGUGGAAAGACCUUCAAGUACAGCAGUCUUCUCCAUCAGCACCAGUAUCUCCACACGGGUCAGAAACCAUUCUGCUGCCCAGAAUGUGGUAAGAAAUUUGCUUUUGCCCAAAACUUGAAGGCCCAUUACCGUCAGCAUAGACUAUCUACCACUACCUAUCUAGUGCCUCCUGACAAGCCCAGCAAACAAGACCCAGUGCCUACAACCGAGCCUGCCAAUGGACUUGGGAAGGAGAACACAGGCCAGAGUAUAAAACCAAGGCGGGUAUAUAACUGUCCUCUGUGCCCCCUGAAGUUUACGAUUCCGGCCAACCUGAGAGCCCACAUGCUGAUACACGAGGCAGAGUAUGAAAAACUGGACAACACCCCGACAAAGGAGACCAAACCUAUGAUCUCGGAAAAGGGCUACAACUGCCCUCAGUGUCCAAGUAUUUUCCAUAACAAGCUCAGCUAUUAUGGACAUUUGUUAAAAGCCCACAGAUCUGAAUCUCACUAUUUAGAGCAGGUGGCUGCUGAUCAAAGUAAACUGAGACGAAGAAUUGAAUGUCAUAGUAAGUUACACAAGUGUCCACAGUGUAGCAAAAUGUUCCAUCAACGCUCUGUGUUUGAGGCUCAUAUGCGCGUUCAUUCCAAGGAAAAGCCAUACUUAUGCAAUGUGUGUGGCAAAUCGUUUAGAUGUAACAGCUACUUGCGGCAGCACCUUAUCAUCCACACAGGUGAGAAGCCUCAUAAAUGUCCAGAUUGUGGUAAAGAAUUUGCCUUCCUUCAGAACAUGAAGACUCAUCUAAAGUUGCAUCAGGCCAAACCCUUCCGUUGUGGCAGCUGCCACAACUUUUACAGUGAUGCGUCCCAACUUAAGCAACACAUGUUGUCCCACAAACGUCCAAAAAGACAUAAGUGUCAAUUUUGUGACAAGAGUUUUACAUUAGCAUGUUUGCUUCGUGAUCAUAUUAACACGCAUAACGGAGCGAGACCUCAUUGCUGUGCUGUGUGCCACAAAAGCUUCUCUUGGUUAAGCAGCCUUAAUGUUCAUAUGAAAAGACAUGAAAGGAGAUUAGCAUCAGUACCAGUGAGCAGUUCAGCCAUGGUGGCUCCUCCGACGCCGAGGGACACAGACGGAGGCCAAAAUGCAUUCCAAACACAAGCUCCUAGGCUGGCAGCCCAAAUAGAAACUAAACAGGCGGAACAGUGCUUGUUGGAGAGUUGUCCUCCAGUCCAAUGGAAGGUGGAUGGAGGUGAAGUAUUGCCUGUUUUGUUGGCUCGGAAGUCAGAUCAGCCCCAAGUGCUCACACAGUUCGAUGUCUCAAUGCAACACCACUACAGCCCGUUGAAGUCCCUUUCCAACCCUAGUUCAGUCCCAAGUUUGAAGACAUCAAGCAUUGCAAAAGAGAGCUCGGUUUUGAUUUCUGGUUCCCUUCAAACAGCUAUGCCCCAAACUGUCAGUCCGUCUUUAGAUAGUGAGGUAGAGAAACAAAGGCAAGCCCAGCCUGAGAAGUGGAGAGGCACGUGCACUUCAACUGUUAUGGACUCAAAUAGGUCUUUAUUGCAUCACGUACCUCUCUCAUCCGCCUAUGCAGACCGAGCAGCACUUUGGAGUGUAAAACAUAAUCCAGUAACUUCAUCUUCACAGAUCUUUCCAAGUAAGCAAGAAUCGUCUACAUCCCCUACAAAAGACGACUUUAAUCCACAUAUAGCAAUUCCAUUCACUGUUAGCCAGUCUGAAAAAAGAGUAAAUGGAGGUGUGCUGCCCAAACAAUGGUCCACAAGUUUAGCAGUUUCGUCUUCAGCUCUAUUAGACCAAAGCAAGGCUGUGUUAAGUACCCCUGCAUCUCUCGAUUUAUAUAGCCCAUUGGUGGACAUGCAGACAGCUACAGGCAUUCCAAAGACAUCGAACCCCUCAGACAAAAGGGAUGGUAAUCCUGAGUUACAGUUACAACUAAAGCCAGGUGGGACAAAUCGGACAUCUCCCCAGAAAGUUCCUAUGACUCUACCAUACCAGCCUCCUCAUUUUGCCCAUGGAGUAGGACCUGCUGUUUGGCGUUUCCAGACUAAUCAUGUUGGCCCUCAAGCACUACUCCCUGGACACUUCAAACCAGGAAACGCACAGGAACUGCAGCAAAAACCAAUGGUAACUGGAACUCAGAUUAUCCUAAAUCAAGCGUCUCCCUUUUUUUCCCCUCCACUUGCUCCUCUACCUCUUCCACUUCCUUUGUCUGGCUCUCACUCUCUUCAUUCUGUUGCUGCACCUCCAAGACCUCCAUACCCAAAUUUUUUUUUUGCACCACAGGCAGUGAUGAGCCCCCAAAUGCCACGGACGCUGCCCCUACCUCUCAGCCCUCACACAGGACCGCACAAUCUUGGUGGACGUUUACCCUUAGCACCAGAGGGACUUCUACAGUGCAUGAUAUGUGGGCACUCUCUCCCUCGUGAAUUUGACCUAGAAAUGCAUUAUCUGCAACAUGCUCAAGGAGAGAUUUGACAUUGGUAACUGGUCUUGGUCAAUAGGCGUAAUUGAAAAUAAUAUUUUGUUUCUGCACAACUUAAAAAGUUAUAAACAUUUUUACAAACAUUUGAAAGUCACAUUAGGAGCUUGCGGUAGACUGUGUAUUUGCAUGUCCUCUGAUACCCAUUUAAAGAUUCUUGUUGACUUUGAAUGCAUUUCUACUCAUUUUUAAUGGAAAUAAACCAUCAAUUUGAGGAACCUAGAUGUUCUGUUGAUUUUGAACUGGGUCUUUGGUGGAGAACUAUUACCUUUCCGUUACUUUCCUUUUUACUUAACCAUAAGAGAUGGUCUGUUAUGCCAUUGCAUGAUGGGGAUAGGCCUAAUAUUAUAUAUUUUUUAAAUGAUAACUUGCAUUAUGGCAAGUUUUUUCUUUACCACUAACAAUUUUCUACUGCAAUAGGUGAUGGAGUAAUGUUUAUGGUUCCACUGGGAAUCCCACAUGAAAUUGAGAGGCCUUUCAGAUUGCUAUUUGAAAUAUAUUAUUUUUAAUACACCUGAAACUUCCAAGUAACAUUGUCUCACUAUUGAAUAUGUAAAUACACCAAUGGUUAGAAUUUGGUUAACAUUUUUGCUAGUUGUGUGUUUUGGGAACUUUUUAAAACUUACAGAAUGCCAUCUCCCUUGUGGUCCUGUUAUUGCCAAAUACAAUUUGGUAUCCAGCCUUUAGGUAGCUCCCCAGUAGGAUACAAAUGUAAUGUAUAAUUGUAUAAAUAAAACCAACAUUGUGAAUAAAGAAGGUCCCUUAUCAUUGUUAA